UCUCUCUCUCUCUCUCCCAACCAUGAGAGACAAUAUUCUUGAAGCUUGUAACACAGGUCUGCAACUUGGACUUGGGUUAGGGGAAUAUCCUAUUAUUAGCCAUGAGAGGAAGAAGAAAGAUAAUGAUAAUAACUAUAAUAGUAAUAGUUAUAAUAAUAAUAAUGAUAAGCCUGUUGUUUGCUUAGACUUAUCGUUUUCGCUUUGCCCGAAAAGGGAAGCACCGGUUGUUGAUCUUAAUAUUGCUGAUCAGGCUUCAAGUUUGAAGAAAAAGGUUGAUCAUCAUCAAGAAGAAGAAAAUGGCAGUGAGAGAAGUGAUCGUUUCAACAACAAAAUCUGUGCCAGGAAGAAACUGAGGCUCACCAAAGAACAAUCAGCUUUGCUUGAAGGCAGCUUCAAGCGCCAAAGCAACCUUAAUCCGGGCCAAAAACAAGCACUGGCUGACGAAUUGAAUCUGAAGCCAAGGCAGGUGGAAGUUUGGUUUCAGAAUAGGAGAGCUAGGACAAAGUUGAAACAGACAGAAAUGGACUGUGAGUUCCUAAAGAAAUGCUGCGAAAAUCUUAGCGAAGAGAAUAGAAGAUUGAAAAAGGAACUUGAAGAGCUAAGAUCACAGAAGAUUGAAACAUCAACAACAUUAUAUACUACUCAUCAAAUUCCAAAGGAUGAAAAGCUGAUGAUAAUAUGCUCAUCCUGUGAGAAAAUUGUAAAAUAAUAUUACUUAUCAAUCAUGUAUAUGAUGAUGAGGAUCUGGAUCAAGAGUUAAAUAAAUUGGAGAUGAGCAACAUUAAUAUUGGGGAUACAGACUGAAGAAUAUUAUUAAUUCUGUCAAAUAGGAGUUGCCUAGAAAAUUAGCGAUAUAGAUCAAAUUUUUCGAUAUAAUUUAACCAAAUGUGUGUUUUUAGCAUAUUAGAUUGGAAUGGAU